UUCCCGUUGUAAAACACAGUAACACCGGGCGUCUGCGUCAAGAGGACACACUCCACUCUGCGCAAUUACGCGGACCCUUAACUGGCACAGUGAUCAGACAAAAACGAAAAAGGCAUUUCUGCUGCACAGGACUGAAAUGGACUUUUAAUCACGCCACCCCGAUCAUUUCGAGGAUCUGCUUUGAGCACUUCAUUGCAGUUUACGGCACACCAGCUGUGAAUGUUGUGAUAUGAUUUUUACGCGUGUGCUCUGAGCACAGCUUUGUUGUUUUAUAAAUACACUUUUUUUCUUUUUAGAUAGCUUUCUUUCUUCUCUAAAAUUGGCUCCCGUACAAACAGCCGCGUUGGAUCCCUCGGCUUAUUGCGAGACUCCGGUGUAUAACCCGGAUCUCUGCCCUAAUAUGAUAGCCGCCCAGGCAAAGUUGGUAUAUCACCUCAACAAAUACUACAACGAGAAAUGUCAGUCUCGAAAAGCAGCCAUCGCCAAGACCAUCCGAGAGGUGUGCAAGGUGGUUUCGGAUGUCCUGAAGGAGGUGGAGGUGCAGGAGCCCCGCUUCAUCAGUUCUCUCAGCGAGAUGGAUAAUCGUUUCGAGGGACUGGAGGUCAUCUCGCCGACCGAAUUCGAGGUUGUACUCUAUCUGAAUCAGAUGGGAGUAUUCAACUUUGUGGACGACGGGUCCAUUCCGGGCUGCGCCGUCCUCAAGCUCAGCGACGGCCGUAAGAGAAGCAUGUCUCUGUGGGUUGAAUUCAUCACAGCCUCCGGUUACCUCUCUGCGCGCAAGAUCCGGUCGAGAUUUCAGACACUGGUGGCGCAGGCAGUAGACAAAUGCAGCUACAGAGAUGUUGUCAAAAUGGUCGCUGACACGAGUGAAGUGAAGCUGCGCAUUAGAGACAGAUAUGUGGUACAAAUCACGCCGGCUUUCAAGUGCACUGGCAUCUGGCCACGGAGCGCUGCGCACUGGCCCCUGCCCCACAUCCCCUGGCCGGGACCUAACAGGGUGGCAGAAGUCAAAGCGGAAGGUUUCAAUCUUUUAUCCAAAGAGUGUUACUCCCUGAACGGCAAGCAGAGCUCAGCAGAGAGCGACGCCUGGGUUUUGCAGUUCGCCGAGGCCGAGAACCGACUCCUUCUGGGUGGAUGCAGGAAGAAAUGCUUGUCUGUCCUCAAAGCUUUGCGAGACCGUCACCUCGAACUGCCCGGACAACCUCUGAACAACUACCACAUGAAAACGUUGGUUUCCUACGAGUGUGAGAAGCAUCCCAGGGAGUCGGACUGGGAUGAGAACUGCCUCGGCGAUCGCCUGAACGGGAUACUAUUGCAACUUAUUUCGUGUCUGCAGUGCAGAAGGUGCCCUCAUUAUUUCCUGCCCAAUUUAGACCUGUUUCAAGGAAAACCUCACUCUGCUCUAGAGAAUGCAGCCAAACAGACUUGGCGACUGGCGAGAGAAAUACUGACCAACCCCAAAAGCUUGGAGAAACUCUGAGGUAAAAAACAAAUAUAUAUAUUAGUUCACCUCGUCUUAAAAAUGUGUUGAAGAGGCCUAAUGAGCUCAUAAACGGACAGAAAAUAUUGCCAAACAAUUUGCAAGUCUUGUGAAAUGUGACUGUCCUCUGUUGUUAUGUUUUGGCCUAGCCUGAUCCAAGAAAUUUUUUUUUUUUUUUUUUUUAAAUAACAGUUUAACUUGUCACUCUCCCCGUGCACCUUUUGGAGGUGUCAGUACUUAAAUGUAAGUAGGCCACCUCAGAAGUGGUUUCUUCCUCUCCGUGUCACACGGUUGCCUCAAUCCCGCAUUUCCUCAAACGCUUUAAAAUAAAGCGCGUGACGACUUUUGGAAAACAAAACAAAACAAAAAUACAUCUGUACAUUUUAUACUGUAAAUACAUUCAUAGAUUGUGAUUCGAGUGGUCUGAAAUUGUGAAUGUUGUUCUGUGACACGUAAAUAGGAGCCACCUGUUUAAAUCUACUUCUGAUUUUUUUUUCUUUAUCUGGUAGAAACGUUUUUAAUUUAUACUUGCAUCAGUGGUAGUCUGAUUCACCUGUUUCAAUGGACAUUUUCUAAUAUUUAAAAGUUUACAUUUUGAUGGUAGGCCUAGGCAUUUUUUUACAUUGAAAACAUUCCAUCGAUUUACUUGAAUUAUUAUUUAAAGUAAAAACAUUUGAAUUGUUUUUCCUCUACCGUGCUUAGGCCUACAUGAUUUAAAAAAGAAAAGAAAAUGAUAACAUAUAUAUAGUAUAAAUAUAUAUUACAGUUUAAUUGGAAAAAAUGCACUUGAAAUACACUGGAUUAUAACAUCUGUGAUCUGUUUUUUUUUUAUUUCUGUCUUUGAUCUAAUUUAAAGAGCUAAUAAAACUAGCUGUUUUA